CGGUGAAAUGACGUCAUGGUACGUCUGCCUACAUCAUCGACGUCAGCCCAAACGCCGCAAAAAUCAAAACGGCGCAGCAAUGCUUUUCUACUCGUUUUUCAAAUCGCUCGUGGGCAAAGACGUGGUGGUGGAGCUUAAAAACGACCUCAGCAUAUGUGGAACUCUUCAUUCAGUUGACCAGUACCUCAACAUCAAGCUGACAGACAUCAGUGUCACGGAUCCAGAAAAAUAUCCACACAUGUUGUCAGUGAAAAACUGCUUCAUCCGCGGCUCGGUGGUGCGCUACGUGCAGCUGCCCGCCGACGAGGUGGACACGCAGCUACUUCAAGACGCCACACGCAAAGAAGCCAUGCAGCAAAAGCAGUGACCGCAGGUGUGGGUGGGACAUGGGGUGGUUAGGGUCUUUAUUAAUCAUGGUUCAGUUGUCACAAAGAUUUGAGUUGUUUUGUGUUCUCUUAAAAAGAGAGACAAAGUUGAUCUUUGUUAGUCAACUCCAUAUUUGAUAUUAAGAAUACAUCUUAAAAAGGUUGAAAAAUGCUGACUAUUAAUGUUUUAAUAAUUCCUGAAAGGGUUUGGUUAAGCACAGCAGAUUUCAUACCUUUCUUAGUUUGUUUACUGUUCAAAAAAAAAAAAGCAAAUGGCAAACCUUUGUAUGAAAACAGGUAUUUUUUUAAAGUUGUGUUUUGAUGUCUUUUUUGUUGUUUUUACUGUGACUUUAUGCUUGGCCUCAUGAUACCAAGUGUAAAUGUUCAAAUAUUCAUUUCUGGGAAAUAAAAAAGCAAAAUCU